UCGAUAAACCAACUUGCGCGAUACACAAAAUACCAUCGCGUGCGAUUGCUCGCGUUCGAUAAAGCUCUCGACGUUGCAUUGCAUCUCGUCGAUAUUGGUUGCAGCUUACAAUACCGACCGGGGUCCGGUCACGUCCGAAAAUGACGGACAUGCAAGAUGGCCGAUCUCAACAAGGAGUUGAAUGAGUAUCUCCUCAGCAACAAGAAUGAGAAGCAAUACAAAAUCACCGUGCCCACGGUAGCGAUAUCGAGGGCGAACCUUGGGAGAUGGUUCGGAAAGAGCGCCGACGAGCCGAAAGAGGACGUAGGAUGGAUCAAAGGGGCGCAGAAAGAGUGUUGCCCUUCCAUGCAGACGAGGACACAGAGGCUCGUAUCUUUUGGCGUGUGUUUCCUUCUGGGGUUGUUAUGCUUCUGUUUGUCAGCGAUUUAUAUUCCUGUGUUGCUACUUAAAGCAAGAAAAUUUGCUUUGCUUUACUCUUUAGGUAGCCUUUUCUUUCUAAUGAGCUUCUGUUUCUUGUGGGGACCAAUGAGCUACACCAAGUCAUUAUUCACAGCUGAGAAGAGGUUCUUCACUGUUUCAUAUUUUACAACAUUAGCGGGCACGCUUUAUUUCGCUCUACAUUUGCAGUCAACUCCCCUGACAGUAUUUUGUGCUGUUUUGCAAUUGAUGGCAAUGCUGUCCUUCCUAGUAAGUCACGUACCAGGAGGUACAACUGGCCUAAUGUUUUUUACAAGAAUGUUCAAAUCGUCUGUACAAUCAACUUUACCUGUAUGACAUCAUCAUUUUUAAGAUAUCAACGUUUCAUAAUAAAAAUAAUAAUAUCCUCUCCUCUAUACAGCUAUAAUCUACAAAGAUAACGUAUAAAGAAUUUUUCAAAAAUAUCACAUAAGGUUUGUAUAAAAUGAUUGAUAAAGAUAAUUUAUUGAAUAAAUCUACAUAUAUGGUUGUCAGCAUUAAUACGCACAAGGCUGAUGACCGAGAGAAAGAAGAAAAAUGAGAAAGUUCAAUUUAAUAUAUAUAGAUUUCAUCACUUACAUUGUACACAA